AUGCAAGGUCAUGAGCUUCUCCUAGCCCUGGAGCUGUCACGGCCAGUUUCUGCAGGGAGUGAGUGGCCAAUUCAGUUUCCAUUUCCCCCCCCACAGCAGGUGAAUAUUUCGCAUUCAAAGUUCCCACAGCGCGAGUCGUCAGCAUUUUCUCGUCUUUCCAAUGGCGUGGAGCUAGCGCAAGUUCCAACUUGUGGACAAUUUCAACAAAUCAGUGAUGAAGACGCAAAGUUUAGUCGACUCACGCAUCCAGAAGUUGAGAAGCAAACCACACCGGGCCAAGUACAGCAUUCUUUAAGCGCAAACCUGACCAUGCGAGAUACGGAGAAGAUCGUCAUAUCAAAAGACAAUCAGCAUGGCCAGUUUGCGAAAAGCAGUCCGGACCAAGUAAUCGAGAAAGAGCCUUACAAAAGUCAAGAAUUUGAUCCUUCCGGGCUUGAUGUCGCCUAUGAGCCUUUUUCAGAUGCUAUAUCCAAAGUGCUGAAAAAUCAUCAGACAUCAUGCAGCAAAUGUAGCAGCAAGGGUGAUCGUAAACAACAUGGCCCAGAUGCACGAUCAAGAGGGAAAGAAGAUCCGACACAAACUACUUUGCACAAAUCUCAGAUGGAGAGCGUCAUUGGAGUAAUUCCUCACGGGGAUCUUUGCAAACAGAUGAAGGAGAUUGAAUCAACCAUUAGCGAUCCACCUGGAGUACAGAGAGUGGCCACUGUUCCAAAUGAUUUAUUUAACCACGUCUUACUUGGCAGUACAACCGCAGAACCUUCUCAACUCAAAAAGAGAGUUGAAAAAGACGCAAACUUUGCCGAAGAUCACGCUGAUGUUGAGAGCUCCUGCAGCCCGACUUCUAGGACUGUUCAAGUCUUUCAGGAGCUCACAAACACUGGCACAAAACAUCUUGGAGACGAACCCAAAGAUGUCGGUUCUAAAAACACGGUAGAAGGCAAGAAAUUAAGAAAAAAGAGACUGCAACCAAAGGGGGUUCUUGGGAAGUCUCAACUGCGGCAACCAACAGUGACAGAAGUUUUGGGAGUUCUCGGGGACGUGCUGAUCGGCAACAUGAAUGCUGAGUUUGAAAAGAUUGCUAUGAAGCAUGUAAAAGAUGUACAAGUAUACCAUUCAGAUAUACUUCUACUAAGGGAAGAAAAUGCUACAAUGAGGACGAAACUCGAGGUUUCCAAUAGGGAAAAACACCGAUUGGCUGCGGCGGAAAUGGAGAGAACUUCAAAGUUGAAAUCUUUUGUGGACAAGGUCAAAAAACUAGAGGAUCUUGGAAAUACUCUUAACAAUGACAUUCAGCAAGAACGAGCGACGAGGAGGCAACUAUGCGAGGAAGUAAAGGCACUGGCUCUAGAUUCGGCAACUCUAUCUGAGAAUCUCAAGCAAGCUUUAGGCCACUCGUCGGACGCCAUCGAUACCAUAUCCCACGUGAGAACGAAAAUAAUGAAUGAGCUUAGGGACUCUGAAAAAUGUUGUCGGCAACUUGAGGUAGAAAAAUCGAAUUUGAUCGAGCAAUUAGAAAUAAAGAAGAAUCAACUCGAAGAGCUAACCAUAGACCGUAACCGACUGAAGUUCGCGCUCGAGAAUGGUAGUCCUGUACAAAUGAGCCUGGAGGAAUUGAUCAGCGGAAAUCACGGCACUUUGAUGAAGAAGCUGUCAGGCAUGCGAAAUGACUUGACUGGGCAAGGCGAAUCUUCACUUUGUACUCGCUUCUUAGCGAUGUCCGAGAACGUCCAGAUGCUGCAUAUGCAGAACUCAAUAUCACCAGAGUCUGUGGAUGGCAUUCGCAAAAGCCUCGCACAAAUAAAAUCCGAACUGCUUGCGGCUAUACAAGACGCCCUAACCAAUGCGAACAAAUCAGCCAAUGCUGAUUUAUUCAAUGAAAAGAUAUUGAAUCUGAUAGACGAGCACAAGAGAAAUAUCCAAACCGAGUUUAUGGAACGGCAGAAACUUCAAACCGAAUUGAUUGACCUGCGAAUGGACAAUGUUGCGGUCACAGAGCGAUUAAAGGUUCAAGAGCUUCGAGUGAGGGAACUGAUGGAGCAACUUAAUUGCAGUCAACAAACAGAGAGUAAACUCCGUGAGCAUAAUCUACAACUCCUUCAGCAGCUACAGCUACACGUUCAAAAAGACACAAUCCCGUCUUAUCACAGCCACGACGAACAUUUCCAAGGGCGGAGUAAAGUAUUGCUUGACGAAGAACUUGAGAAGGCUCUUAGGUCUGAGGUUAAAGAUUUGAAAACCAUACUAAUGUCUAAGGAAGACGAAAUCACUGCGCUGUCGAGAGAGCUGGAGGAGUCUAAGCGAGAAGACAGCCUAAAACUUGAAAAAUUGCAGAACGACCUUCAGAGGAACAUGGAGUCCAUUCUGAAAGACCAGAAGGCUCAAUAUGAGAAUAGAAUCCGAGACUUGCACAAUAAGCUGAUGAAAUCUGUAGAAGCUCUUCAGGAAUUACGAGAGGAAACAGAUAGCAAAAAGAAAAGUCAUUACUCGGGAACAAGAUCUAGUCAGACUCAUCAAAGCAAUAACAACAUGUCAGUGCUACAAUCAGAACAUGAAUCAUGCAUGCCAGCAUUAAAAGAUGAAUAUGAAGCCAUUCUUUUACAGUUACGAGAGAAGCAUGAUGCUGAAAUUGCCGAGCUACAGGCUAAAUCCAGUGAAGAGCUUCAUUCUGAGCUUCGCAAGAAGAUUGAAAAUUAUGGUAAGACUCACGUAAAGGAGAUGGAUCUGGAAGAUAAGAACGGUGAUGCAGAUGAAAUAAGAAAUCUAUUAGUUUUCAAGCCCAAACAAUCAGAAAAAGAGACAGAAAUUAUUAAAAGAAGGCUAGAGGAAGUCAUAGGUGAUGUUGAAGACAUCGAAUUUUUGUUCCGAAAAGGAAACAAAGAAAAUCAGAGACCUCUCUGCACGAGUGAGCAGUCGGCGCUCUGCUUAAAACUGAAAAGGACGAUUGCGAAGCUGCAGAAACUCCAGCAAGUCUACAAAUCAGAACAACAGCAUGAAAAUCAAACAGAGAUAGAAGAAGAACCAUCGCCGCAAAUCAUGAGAUCUGAAGAAGGAGAAUUGCUGAACAGCUCACGAGCCCUUGAAUCGGAGAUGUCGAAAACGCAGUUCUCGAGUAUAGUCUGGGAACCUCAGGUUGGGCCUGAUGUACGGCGGAAGGAUAGCCAAGCUCACAUAGAUGUGAAGGGGAACUUCAAUCACGACAAUGUUGAUGCAACCCAGUCGACAAGCGCUGAGAUUAGCAGUACAGAUCUGCUAAAACGAGAUGAAGAACCGAGAUCAAAGCUGGAGUUUCUGCGGAAAGAGAGACAAGCUGAGACUUCGCCGUAUGUGGUUUCAUCCGCGGAUACAAGCCCUUGUCUAGUCAUGAGUGAUACGCAGUUUUUUUCUUCAAAAUCUCCAAAUACACUAUCCAUAAAAGGAAAAGUGAAUAUGAAAGUACCUAACGAUGGCACAACUUGGACACCAAUGUCUCAAGGAACUCCGACAAUCCCGACAUGCGCAAGUGAAGGGAGCUCUCGUGCAGAUACUCCACCAAACGCUGACUCACUAGCACAGUCGACGAGCAAUUCACAAGAUAAUUCUGGCAAGCGUCGUAAAUUCGCCCUGCAAGAUGAUCCAGGCGUAAAAAAGCGUAGCCGAGUUGAGAAGAACAACAUGUCAAAGUCAACGAAGCAAAUCUCUCACCAAGCUGGAACUGUUUCGUUCGAACAGCACGAAAACGUACGUCAACCAGGAAACGAGCGCGAGGAAUCAACAGGAGUCGAAACAAAUCAUGGAGAGAACGCUGGACGGUACCCGUGUGACAACCUGGCAAAAUACCAGCAAUUCGCUCCGUCUCGAAACUGCCGAUCUGCUGCAAACUCAGCGACUAACAAAGAAUCAAACCUGUGCGUGAAGGUUAACAAAAGCCAGAAAAACACAGAUAACGUUAAGGAUAAGAUGUCCAAUAACUAUCUGAGAAGAUCAAGACGAUUGAACGUUUGAAAUUUGACAUCAACAUUACUGAGGAAAAUGUAUUGAUCGGAUCUAGGUUAGACGUUAAUGGACGUCUACAUUACCCUAUCAUCGCUUGAAAUUUGGAAUUGAUGUUACACUUCCGAAAGUAAACGCUUAUUUCACAAUCAUAUAUUGGAAAGCCUGGGAAACAUGGGAGAUUCGUUAUGGCAGCACAUUGUUCACGGUGAAAAAGUAUUUUGAGGUGAGAUAAUGAGCAACUAUGAUUUGGUGAAGGUGUUGCUUUAUGAGUUGUUCCGCUAUCAAGUCCAGAUCUCCUGAU